AUGGUUCAUCCAGCUACGCUUCCCAAGAACGCUCCCCAGUUGUUCGACUUUAUUGUCGUAGGUGGAGGCACUGCUGGGUGUGUUGUUGCUGGUCGUUUGGCCGAGAACCGAAAUGUCUCCAUCCUUGUCGUCGAAGCCGGCCCCAACAAUACAUCUGAGAUCGACAUGAUCACCACGCCAGCUCGUGCAUUUGAGUGCCGUGGGAGCAAAUACGACUGGAAGUACAAAACAACUAUGAUCGAUCGCCCCGACUAUACCAGGGUGGAGAAGCCAAACCCCAGGGGUAAGGUCCUUGGAGGCUCUAGUGCUGAGAACUACUAUACCUGGGUCCGUGGGAGUGCUGCAACCUUUGAUGACUGGGCUGAAUACGGCACCGAAGAAUGGAAUUGGGAGAACACCAAAGCAUACUUCGAUAAGCCUGCGACCUACCACGACGAUGACAAGCUCUAUCCAGCCGAGCUCGCCACAACCCUCAACCGAGGCGGCCCUCUUCACAUCUCGCACUCUGACCUCAUCCCUGAGAUGAAACCAUUUCGCGACGCCCUCGAACAGGCGUGGGUGAGUAAAGGCCAGGACCUCACAACUGACGUCUGGAAUGGGACUCAGAAAGGACUUUUCAAGUGCGUCAACACCAUCUACAAGGGCCAAAGGUCCACGGCGGCCGUGUUUGUUGAAGGCAAGGACAACGUCACCGUCAUGUCGUCCACAAUCUCCAAGAAUAUCGUCUUCGAGGACGGCAAGGCUGUUGGCGUCACUGUCAUUGGCCCCGACGAUAAGGAAUACACCUUUAAGGCGAAACACGAGGUCAUCGUCUCCCAGGGAGUCUACGAGUCCGCGAAGCUCCUCAUGCUGUCCGGGAUAGGGCCCAGAACCGAGCUCGAAGCGCACGGCAUCAAGGUUCUCGUCGACUCCGAGCACGUGGGCCAGAACUUGCUCGAUCAUCCGAUUCUGUCUCACGUCUUCAAGAUCAAAGACGGCUACGGACUGGACAGCCACCUCCUCCGCGCUGGACCCCAAAAGGACGGCGCUGUCGCUGCCUAUAACAAGAACAAGACUGGCCCCUACAGCAGCGGGCUGCUAGAACUUGUUGCUUUUCCGAGAGCUGACAAGUGGUUCGAGACCUCCAAAGAGUACCGCGAAUACAAGGCCAAGAACGGCGGUGUGGACCCCUUUGGUCCUGCUGGCCAGCCACAUUUCGAAGUCGACUUUGUGCCCAUGUUCUGCGACGCUUUCCAGUGGCAUUUUCCCACACCUCCGACCGGUGACUAUCUCACUGUCAUCGUCGACCUCAUGCGUCCCCUGUCUCGUAACGGAUACGUCAAGCUCAACUCGACAGACCCCAAGGAACAACCAUACAUCAAUCUCAACUUUUUCUCUGAUGAUCUUGACUUGAUCGCUUUGCGCGAGGGAGUCCGCAUGAUCGAUGACAUUGUCAUGAACGGAGAUGGCAUGAAGGACAUCAUCGAGAGAGACUUCCCAUGGGAUAUGCCUCGCAACUCGGACGAGGCUAUGAUCAGACAGAUUCUCGAGCGUUCCCAGACAGGCUUCCACCCCUGUGGCACAUGUCGAUUAGGCAAGGACAUCAAGCAGGGUGUGGUCGAUCCCAAGCUGCAAGUAUAUGGUGUUCAGAAGCUUCGCGUUAUCGACGCCUCGGUGUUCCCGGUCAUUCCUGACUGCAGGAUCCAGAACGAUGUGUACAUGGUUGCCGAGAAGGGUGCAGAUCUCAUCAAGGCUGCUUAUCCGGAUUUGUACAAUUGA